CUUCCGGGGUCAAAGGGCGUGUUUGUGACGGGGGUUGGGUGCGCGGGGCGACGGGAGCCGAGCGAGGCAGAGGCUGCCGGCCGCCCCGGAGCUCGCAGCGGCAGCACCACCAGGCUGAAGCGGUCGGGCUGGGGCCAGCGCCAGCAGCACCAUGUCGCGCGGCUCGAUCGAGAUCCCCCUCCGGGACACUGACGAGGUCAUUGAGCUUGACUUCGAUCAGUUACCGGAGGGGGAUGAAGUUAUAAGUAUCCUGAAACAGGAACAUACUCAGCUGCACAUAUGGAUUGCUUUAGCGUUGGAAUAUUACAAACAAGGAAAAACAGAAGAUUUUGUGAAACUGUUGGAAGCUGCACGAAUAGAUGGUAACUUGGAUUAUAGAGAUCAUGAAAAAGAUCAGAUGACAUGCUUGGAUACUCUGGCAGCAUACUAUGUACAGCAAGCACGGAAGGAAAAGAAUAAAGACAACAAGAAGGAGCUCAUUACACAAGCUACCCUGCUGUAUACUAUGGCUGACAAAAUUAUCAUGUAUGAUCAGAAUCACUUGUUGGGAAGAGCCUGCUUCUGUCUGCUGGAGGGUGAUAAAAUGGACCAGGCUGAUGCCCAGUUUCAUUUUGUGCUCAACCAGUCUCCAAAUAAUAUUCCAGCCCUCCUUGGUAAAGCAUGCAUUUCGUUCAACAAGAAAGAUUAUAGAGGAGCCCUUGCCUACUACAAAAAAGCACUGCGAACCAACCCAGGUUGUCCAGCUGAGGUUCGAUUAGGCAUGGGCCAUUGCUUCGUGAAACUGAACAAGUUGGAAAAAGCUCGUCUGGCAUUCAGCAGGGCUCUGGAGCUCAAUUCGAAAUGUGUAGGGGCUUUGGUUGGAUUGGCUGUUCUAGAGCUCAAUAACAAAGAGGCUGAUUCUAUCAAAAACGGUGUUCAACUCCUUUCUAGAGCUUACACAAUUGAUCCCAGUAACCCAAUGGUGCUGAACCACUUGGCUAAUCACUUCUUCUUCAAAAAGGAUUAUGGUAAAGUCCAGCACUUGGCUCUCCAUGCUUUCCAUAAUACAGAAGUUGAAGCUAUGCAGGCAGAGAGUUGCUACCAGCUGGCCCGGUCUUUUCACGUACAGGAAGAUUAUGACCAAGCUUUCCAGUACUACUACCAAGCCACACAGUUUGCCUCAUCCUCUUUUGUAUUACCAUUUUUUGGAUUGGGUCAAAUGUACAUUUAUCGGGGGGACAAGGAGAAUGCAUCACAAUGCUUUGAAAAAGUUUUGAAAGCCUACCCUAACAAUUAUGAGACUAUGAAAAUCCUUGGAUCUCUUUAUGCUGCUUCAGAAGACCAAGACAAACGAGAUAUUGCAAAAGGUCACUUGAAGAAAGUCACAGAACAGUAUCCAGAUGACGUAGAAGCAUGGAUUGAACUAGCGCAAAUCCUUGAGCAGACUGACAUACAGGGUGCCCUCUCAGCCUAUGGAACAGCAACACGCAUCCUUCAGGAGAAAGUGCAGGCUGAUGUCCCACCAGAGAUUUUGAAUAAUGUGGGUGCUCUCCAUUUUAGGCUUGGAAACCUAGGUGAAGCAAAGAAAUACUUUUUGGCAUCUCUGGAUCGUGCUAAGGCAGAAGCUGAACAUGAUGAGCAUUACUACAAUGCUAUCUCAGUAACAACGUCCUAUAAUCUGGCAAGAUUAUAUGAGGCAAUGUGUGAAUUCCAUGAAGCAGAAAAGCUAUAUAAAAACAUUUUAAGAGAACAUCCUAACUAUGUUGACUGCUAUUUGCGCUUAGGAGCUAUGGCUAGAGAUAAAGGCAAUUUUUAUGAGGCUUCUGAUUGGUUUAAAGAAGCACUUCAAAUAAAUCAGGACCAUCCAGAUGCUUGGUCUUUAAUUGGUAAUCUUCACUUGGCUAAACAAGAGUGGGGUCCAGGACAGAAGAAAUUUGAAAGGAUAUUGAAACAACCAUCCACGCAAAAUGACACUUACUCCAUGCUGGCUCUUGGUAAUGUCUGGUUGCAAACUUUGCAUCAGCCCACCAGGGAUAGAGAGAAGGAAAAGCGCCAUCAAGAUCGUGCACUAGCAAUCUACAAGCAAGUACUUAGAAAUGAUCCAAAGAAUUUGUAUGCUGCUAAUGGCAUAGGAGCUGUAUUGGCACACAAAGGAUAUUUCCGUGAGGCUCGUGAUGUUUUUGCCCAAGUGAGAGAGGCAACAGCAGAUAUCAGUGAUGUGUGGCUGAAUUUGGCACACAUCUACGUAGAACAGAAGCAGUACAUCAGUGCUGUGCAGAUGUAUGAAAACUGCCUCAGAAAGUUCUAUAAGCAUCAGAAUACUGAAGUAUUGUUGUACUUGGCCCGAGCACUCUUCAAAUGUGGCAAAUUACAGGAAUGCAAACAGACUUUGCUGAAGGCUAGACAUGUAGCACCCAGUGAUACAGUCCUUAUGUUUAAUGUGGCUCUAGUGCUACAGAGGCUAGCCACCUCUGUCCUGAAAGAUGAAAAAAGUAACCUGAAGGAAGUACUAAAUGCUGUGAAAGAACUGGAGUUAGCCCACAGAUACUUCAGUUAUUUAAGUAAAGUAGGAGAUAAAAUGAGAUUUGAUUUGGCUCUUGCUGCUACUGAAGCCAGGCAAUGCUCUGAUUUACUGAGCCAAGCUCAGUAUCAUGUGGCUCGUGCACGCAAGCAGGAUGAAGAAGAGAGAGAACUGCGUGCCAAGCAAGAACAAGAAAAGGAGUUGCUCCGCCAAAAACUGCUUAAAGAACAGGAAGAAAAACGUCUCCGAGAGAAAGAAGAACAGAAGAAACUUCUGGAACAAAGAGCCCAAUAUGUGGAGAAGACCAAGAAUAUUUUGAUGUUCACUGGAGAAGUAGAAGGAUCGAAGGAGAAGAAACGUGGUGGCGGAAGGCGUUCCAGAAAAGGAGGAGAAUUUGAUGAGUUUGUCAAUGAUGAGAGUGACGAAGAUCUGCCUGUGUCCAGAAAGAAAAAGAGGAGGAAAGGCAGUGGUAGUGAACAAGAUGGUGAAGAAGAAGAUGGAGAGAGGAAGAAGAAAAAGAGGAGGAGACCCCAGAAAGGAGAUGAUGGAACUGAUGAUGAAGAAAAUGAAAAUGGCCCAAGACCUAAAAAACGACGUCCACCCAAAGCAGAGAGGAAAAAGGCUGCCAAGCCAGAACGUCUGCCUCCUUCAAUGAAGGGAAAGAUCAAAUCAAAAGCCAUAAUUUCAUCUAGUGAAGAUUCUUCUGAUGAGGAUAAACUCAAAAUUGCUGAUGAUGGAAAUGCCAGGAACAGCAACAGUGAUUCUGAUGAUGCUGAACAGCAGCGCAAUAAACGCAUCAUGUCGGACAGCGAUUCAGAUAACAGAAACAAGUCUGGUAGUGAGGUAGGUAGUCCACGGAGGUCCAGUGCUCAUCCAUCUGAUGAGGAUUCUGACAGUGACAGGUCAGCCAGAAAGAAGAGACGGUCAGAUUCAGAACAGUCUGACAAUGAGUCUGUGCAAUCUCAAAGAAGCCACUCUGUACAGUCGGGAAGAAGUCACUCCGGUGGCUCAGAGAAUGAAUCUCGUCCAGCUUCUCGCAGUGGUGAUUCAGACAGAGACUCUGAUAGAGGAUCUGACAACGAGGGCUCUGGCAGAGAGUCUGGCAAUGAAUCUGAACCAGAGGCAUCCAACAUUGAGGGGUCUGAACAUGGAUCAGAAGGUGGAUCAGAUGACAGCGAUUAGAUUUAAAUUACAGCCAUUUUUUAAAAAUUGUUUUUUAAAUAUACUUCAGUUAUGAGGAGGAAAAUCCAAUUUUUAUAUUUGAAAACUGAUUUAAAGAAAGCUUAAUGUUUUAGUAAAACCGUUGUGAAACUUGCUUCAUGAGACUUUUUUUUUUUCUAUCAAGCUGUACAUUACUAGGCAUUAAUGGAUAUUUCUCUGUGUUGCUGUAUAUGGUGUAUUUUUACACUGAAGCUAACAUAGCUGAAGAUCACAGAUGCUGUACAGUGAGUGGUAACAAACUCACACAAUGAGGGCGGGGUGUAUGUAAAUGCUGCAGAACAAAAACACCAAGUUCAAAGAGUUGGUUAAAACUGGUGUAUUUUGUUCCAUGUUUCUACAUGCAAAAAAGGUACAGGCCAGUCUUCAUGAGAUCUUAUUGAAUGGUACAAAGAACUUUGGGUAUUUAUUUCUUUGUGUCAUUCUGAAUAGAGAUCAAUGCUGACGUUUUUUACUCUCUGUUAGAGGAUAAGUUUAUUGUGAUGCAACUCCUAAGUUUUGAAAAGUUUUCCUUCUUGUGCCUGCUUGUUUUCCUGAUAUACCAAUUUAAAAAAAAUAAAUAAAAAGCAACAAAGAUGCAGGUUUAAACAAAAGUUUAUGAAAUAACAUUACAGGUAUGUAGAUAAUAUGCAAAUAUAUUAAGUUGACAGGUGAAAAAUAAAGAUGUAGAAAACUUUCCGUAUUCUUAUAUGGUAGAGUGAAAAGAUCUGCCACUGUUGUAAUAAUAAAAAGUAGUUACUACCA